CAUCUGACUCACCUGAGCGUUUACAUGACAUAAAGCAUCACUUUUAUGGCUUCCUUAUCAUAAACGCAAAAUAUAAAUAAUUGGGCGAUGACAGGAUAUUUAACACAGCCACCCCGUAGUUAGAAGUGUUUGCAGCAACGCAGCCAGCAGGUAGAGAGCCGGGUCAUCGGGGACUGGUCUGUUCUGAAGAGGGUGGGUUUAGAUCCGCGCCCCUGAGACUCUUCUUCACUCUGCAAGGCAACGACGUGCUUCUUUCCUCCGUUUCAGAGCAAGCGUGAGCCAUGGCCUCAGGUGUAGCCAUCAGUGAUGAGGUGAUAAGUAAGUAUGACUUAAUCCGGGUGCGUCAUGCAGGAACUGAUGCUGGGGAAAGGCUAAAACUUCUGGUCAUGUGUUUGAGCAAAGACCAAAAGAGUAUCGUGGUGGACCAUGACAACUGCCUGACAGUCAAAGAUGUGGGGACCACAGAUGUCUUAAAGAAGAUCCUCGAUAAGUUUCCUCCCAAAGAUUGCCGCUACGGCCUGUACGACUGCUCCUAUGUGAACAAGGAGAGCGUGAAGGAGGACCUGGUCUUCAUCUUAUCGGCCCCUGAAUCUGCCCCAUUAAAGAGCAAAAUGGUCUAUGCAAGUUCAAUGGUUGCUCUUAAGAACAAACUGCAAGGUUUGAAAUAUGAGUGGCAAAUUAAUGAACCUGGAGACAGAGACCCAUCAUGCCUUGUGGAGAAACUUGGUGGAAGGGACACAGUAAAGUCUUUGGAGGGGCAGCUUGUGUAAAAUUAAGAGCAAUCAGACCAAUGACCCCACAGCCCUCUUAUCAGUCUGUUAUGACAAAAAAAAAAAAUAAAUAAAUAAGAGAUAAAAUAUAUGCUAAUAAACUUUGUAUUUCAUUUGUAUUGGAAUCAGUUUUUUUUUUACAUUUAAUCAAUUGAGAAUUCGUAUUUAUUCCACAUUUACAAUUAAUGAUUAUUAUUAAGCAAAUACCAACAAAUAUAGUAUAAUGACAGCAGAAAACCUGGGGUAGGCAUUACAAUUGGACUGUGUAUUUGAAAAAUAAAAUCAUGUGAUUUUCCAAAAA